AUGGCGUCUUUGAUCAACAAACCGUUGACGUCUGUAUACAGCUCGAAGGCGGAGUUGUGCCUCGAAGCUCGGUUCUUGAAACGGUGGCGUCCUGGGCUCACUUAUCUGAGUCUCAAGAAGUCUAACAACGUCUGUUUUCCGAUAGUCUGCAAAGCUGUGUCUGUUCAGCCACAAACGGAAGUCAAAGGCCUCAACAUAGCUGAAGAUGUUUCGCAAGAUGUUAAUAAUGGAUAA